CGAGUCGAGGCAGCUUCGACGCCGGUUCGAGCUUUGCCGUUCGCCUGCUGCGGAGCCCGGUGGUCAAAGGUACCGUACGCUAAGGUGACGGGCGGGAGCUGCUGGACCGCUGGACCUGGAGGUGAAGCUCGGGCCCUCGCCAGUCGCCCGUUCCUCAGCUCCGCUCUCAUCACCACCAGCUUUUCUUGCCUGCCCAUCUCCAUCUCCGCAGUGGCCCGGUGACGCUGCCACGCCGUCUGCACCACCAAACACCGCGCCCAUCUCCAAGUCCCGCAUCUUAGUUGCAAGCAUGUCUUACAACCAGAGCGACCAGUAUGGCGGCUACGGAGGCAAUCCGUAUGGCGGAGAGUACAGCUCUGCCAAUCCAUAUGUCAGCGGAAACCAGGGCUUAGGCGCGCCCGUUCCGCUUGAUCACCAAACUUCCAACUACUCCCAGACGUCCAGCUACUCGCAACCAGGCGCUACGCCGCAGAAUACGCUGGCCGCACCUCCAGCAAUGCCUGCGGUCAUGUCGAACUCAGAUUUCCUGUCGCGCGUCGACGGCGUGCGCAAGCAGAUUGCUUCUUUGACUUCGCAAGUGUCUGCCAUCGCCGCGGCUCACCAGCGCGCCAUCAGCUCGCCGGACAGCGCUGCUUCGUCGCAGGUCGAGCAGCUGGUUGCCGAGACACAGGCGCUCAAUACGCAGAUCAAGGACCAGAUCAAGUUCCUGGAGACGGACGCCGCGCGCUCCGGCGGCAAUGCCACCAAGGACAGCCAGAUCCGCAACCUGAAGACCCAGUUCAAGAACCAGCUGCAGGAGUACCGCAAUGAGGAGGAACAAUACAAGAAGAGAUACCAAGAGCAAAUUGCAAGGCAAUACCGUAUUGUCAACCCAGACGCGACCGAAGAGGAGGUCAGAGAGGCUGCAGAGGCCAAUUGGGGCGAUGAGGGCGUAUUCCAGACUGCGCUGAAAUCCAACCGCUCUGCCGCUGCGACUUCCGUCCUGGGCGCUGUUCGCGCUCGCCACAACGACAUCCAGAAGAUCGAGCAGACGAUGUUGCAACUGAACCAGCUAUUCGAAGACUUGGCCGAGCAGGUCAUUGUACAGGAAGCUGCUGUUGCGGCAGCGCAAGACCAGACGCAGCACGUCGUCGAGGAUACAGAAAAUGCAAAUGUGCAGCUCACGAAAGGCGUCGAGCAUGCACGACGUGCCCGCAAGCUCAAGUGGUGGUGCUUCUUCAUUGUGCUCAUCAUCAUUGCCAUUUUGGCAAUCGUGCUUGGUGUUGUCUUUGGCACCAAGAAGUCGUGAUUUUCUUAGUUAUCCUCUAAUAUGUGCAAUUCCUUACGUUGUCACUUUCUUCACUUCAAACUGUGGUGCAAUGGCGCGUGGUCUACUGGAGACGACUACGCGGGACGAAAACCGAAAGAUGAGCUCGUUUGUACAAAACAAGCGGCUAGUUAUAAAGUUUUUGUAUUGCGACCUUGCUAUUGAAAGAAUGGAUACGAGAAGGGCUCCAGAAACAGCAAAAACAGAGAGGGAAGAUUUGGGUAUCAAUUUUUUUUUGUUUCCCUUCGUACUGCAGAUAACGAGCGUGGCUUGUGAUGGGUGAUGCUUUCUUGAAAAGAAGUAUUCUCAACUGUACAUUUGUUCUUUAAUUGUUCUCUCAGGUCAGACCACAAUUUGUGGCGAAGAGGAACUGAGGGAGAUAGGAAGAGAAGCAUCUCGAGUAUGGCACCGAUAAUCCGUAAUAAUCAUGUCGCCUGCCUUUCCCAUUCUACCAAGAUCGCGACUGGCUCGCCAAGCUGCCUUCGGCUGCUUCAUGUUCUUUA